UGUGUGGCAGCGGAGUUUCAGCGAAGUCUGGGAAGGUGGAGACCUCUCGGGUGGGGGGGGUCUUCCACUGUAAUUCUCUCGUUAAAGAAAUAAAGGAAGAUAAAAAUCACCGUAUUGGAGCCGUGUUUGUAGGCUGCGCUGAGAGGUGGACGUAUGGCCGCUUUGCGCCGUUAGAGAACUUCAGCAGGGGAGAGACAGGAGGAGGAGGGAAAGUGAGCCGCUCCUCCGUGAAGCACUACUAGCCGGGCUAGUAGUAGUAUCUCACCGCGGGAUUGAACGGAUAAAAACGUGUACAAAACCGAGAAGAAAGACGCAAUACAACACAGCGGAGAGAGCCGGGAUCCGAGGGAAGGAUGGUGGACGUCGUGGUUGAACAUGAGUACGAAGCUCUGCAUGAUGAUGAACUGACACUACGACCAGGAGAUGUGAUCAGGAACGUUCGGAAGAUCGAGGAAGAGGGUUGGAUGGAAGGGACUCUGAACGGUAGACGGGGUCUCUUCCCAGACAACUUUGUCAAGGAGAUAAAGAAGGAUACGUUGGACGGACCCAAGGAGGAAUCUGUGGUGAAGAGGGACCGAUCCUCAGGCAACGUGGCCAGCCUCGUCCAGCGCAUGAGCACCUACGGCAUUCCUGCCGGUGGCUUCCAGCCCCACUCGCACCCCAGGACCUUCCCCAAGAAAGCAAAGAAACGGCAAUGCAAGGUUUUGUUCGAAUACACGCCACAAAAUGAGGAUGAGCUGGAGCUGAAAGUGGGCGAAAUCAUCGACAUCACAGAGGAGGUUGAGGAGGGCUGGUGGAGUGGCACACUGCAUGGGAAAUUCGGCCUCUUCCCAUCCAACUUUGUCAAGGAAUUGGAGCUGUCUGAUGAUGAAGGCACUAGCGAUGUCACCGAUGAGACAGACACCAUUGCUAAAGAGAGCUCGACCACUGGCCCCACUACGCCUACCUCUCCCGGGACCGGCAAUGGGAUUGUGACUCAGCCCAAAAAGGUCCGGGGUGUCGGCUUCGGGGAUAUUUUCAAGGAGGGCUCUGUGAAGUUGAAGACCCGUCUGUCCAGCUCCGAGCCAGAAGAAAAGAAAACGGACAAACCACUCCCAUCACUGCCAUCCGCUGCAAAGCCCACCCCUUUGAACAUGACAGACUCGGUUAAAGCAGAUGGCGAGAGCAGAGCUAAAGUGAAAGAGUACUGCAAAGUGGUAUUCCCGUUUGAAGCCACGAAUGAUGAUGAGCUCAAUCUGAAGGAGGGGGACAUCAUUCAUAUUCUCGGCAAGGACACUGGGGAACCCGGUUGGUGGAGAGGAGAGGUCAACGGGAAAGAAGGGGUCUUUCCUGACAACUUUGUGACCUUGAUUUCAGACUCCGAGAAAGAGGUAACAGUUUUAAAAGGAUCUAUAAAAGUGUCAUCAAAACAGGACACAGAAGAGAAACCCAAAAAGCCACCGCCACCAUCAAAAAGCUCAGCAUCAAAGCCCGAGGUCCCCGGUGCCGACAAGAAACCAGCCCAGCCCAAACCGGAGGACAAAGGUGACAAGCCACUGCUCGAUCACAGACCCUCCACCAAACCAGCGGCCCCCUUAGUCCCACCAAAGAAGCCUCUUGUUCCGCCAGGCAAAGGGCCAAGCCCCCCCCUCAAGCCUGGAAGCAUCCCUCCAAAAAGGCCCGAGAAGCCACAGGCAACUUCUCUGAGUAGCAGGUCCAAUGGAGAGAUACCCACCCCUCGACCAAAGUCUGACUUUGAACCAACAUUACCCAGCAAACCAAAAACCCUAUCAGGGGACUGGGGGGAGAAAGCUGCAGAAACAGAUUUCAUGAGCUUUGAUGACUUCCUCUCUACCUCAGAGAAGCUCUCGCACCCCACAGCGAGCCGACCCAAGAUGCCUGGACGGAGACUACCUGGACAGUUUGCAGUUGGCUUUUCUCCAAGCAGAGAUGUCAGUGUUGAGAAACCUUGCAAGGUGGAAGACGAAGAGCACCUAAAGCCAAAGCUGCCUCCAUCAAACGCUUCUUCAUUGCUCACACACAAACCAAGCCUGAACAGCAGUGCCGUACCAGAACCCAGUUCUGAUCCCAGACCAGAACCCAAGCUUGAGCCGAAGCCCAAAUCAAACACGGAAGACAGGCACUCAGAAAUGGAGGAUCUUCGGGCCCAGAUGAAGGAGCUGCUUCUCACUGUGGAGCUGCUGAAAACCCAGCAAACACGAGAGAUUGCUGACCUGAGGAGUGAUCUGAAUGAGGAGAAGUCAAAAAGGAUGACCCUCCAGAUGGAGAUAGAAAAAUUGAAGAAGACCAUUAAGUCAACGUGAGAUCUACAUAAUGCGCCGCUUGGAUCCAUCAAGCUGGGCACAAAACCAGAAUGAAAACAUUGUUCGUGUGAUUAUUCUAGUAAUCCUCAAAUUUAUCCCACUUUUGUAAAAAUUUAUUUUUUUGCACAUAAGAUUUUCUCGCUACAGAAAGGUGUAAUUAAAUACUGUUGUAGAUGGGUUUUUUUCUCUUUUUUUUUGCCAACCAGUAACUGAGGCCUUAACUACUGUGCUGGAUCCCUCGGUCAGCAAAUGCUGACCGAUGUCCAACUGCGUCCAAAACUACUGAGUCUAUAAAGGGAUGGGGAGGUAUAUUUUUCUUCUUACUUUGAAAUGCAGGUAGUUCAUAAUACGCUCAUGUUAUUGCUGCAGUAAUGAAAAAUUAACCUCUUAGAAGGAAUAUUUAAUGCAACCUUGCAUGCCCUUAUUGGCAUAGCAGUAAUGAAUUUGGUUGCUGUGUCGUAAGGCAUAUGUGUUUUUCUAACAUUCCUCUGUCCUGGGUAACACUUUCGUGCCUGAUGAAAUUAUGUGUGUUAAUAUUGGGAGCUUGUAUAUCAAAACAUGUAAUAUGUGAUAUAUUUUUUACAGUCCACUGAUGUGCUUCUUAUUUUCCCCUUUUUCUCACUCUUAUUUUUAAAGUGUCUUCAUCAUAGAUGGAUAUCUCUGCAAAAAACAAUAGAAUUGAUGUAUAUAAUCAAAGUCUUAUUGUCUAUAUGAUGUAGCUAACAUCCCUACUUGAAGAGUUCUUCUUCUGGGUUUUUUGGGUAGAGGUAAGGGACAGCCAUGUUUUUGUCUUGCACAAACCCAUUUCUUCAGUCGCCUGACUGUUCUUCGUUUGUCAGCCUGACAGGGAUAGAGCAAAGAUGCUGGCAACAAAUGGACAGCAUUGAAACCUGCCUAGAGAGGUACCCACCUCAGUCCAAGCAGCAGACAGUUGCCAAUUAGAAUGCAGUAUUUAAUUGUGGGCUGUGAGUGCAAAAUUGACAUUUGACAAAGGGGCGGAGCUUGUGAACUGGUCAGGUAACAUACUCUUAUCUAUGCAUGUAUCCCACUGAUAUUGCCUGAGAUGGCAGUUCUUUGGUGAACAAGAAUUGGAGCUGCCUGUUGAGGAGCAAAAACAAAACUAGGCUACUUGGAUGAAAAUGGGUGGCCACCUACAGGCAAGGUCAGGGGCCCGAACAAAGUUGACUACACCUCUGCAUUUAAAAGCUAGUGCAGACAAACCAUGUUUUCCUGCUUUAAAGGCACUGUGUAAAACCAGAUACAUAUAUAUGCAAUUGUGAAUAUGCAGCACUCCAUAACUGCAGCUACUUCUGCCUCCAAUUGAAGGUCCACUCCAUGUCCUGAGUCCAUCAGCCAGCCUUUUCUUUAGCGGUUUGACUACAACCUCUUCCAGUAAUUUUCAUUUUUUUUUUUUUUUUAAUAACUGCUUCAUUACUGGAGAUUUUUUUUUAAUGUGCAUUAAAUUUUCACAAAUUAUGCUGUCUGUUUUAGGAAGCUGAAUGUUUCUCAUGUGAGUACACUUUGUAGUGUAAUUUUUAAUCAGGGCCAGGAUUUAACCAUUAGGAGAAGUGUGGAAUGCCUUCAUGGUCUGGGACUGAGUGUGUGUGAGAUGUCUGGAGUGGAUCUUAACUCUGAACUCACAAAAGGACAGAGGCUUGUAGAUCCCUGAAAGCAAUAAACACAUUUCAACAUUUCUGUCUAGGUCCUCAUUCCCCUGUCACAUGGAUUUGCUGCUAAAUAUACAUGUAUGUUUGAGAGAGAUGGUCUGGAGGAACUACAUGGGGUUCUCACUCUGGCUGACAACAUUCCUUUUUUUUUUUUUUUUAAAAAAAAGAAAAAAAAUAGAUCAUGAAAUUUGCUGCACAUACUUUACAUCUCUUCACCAUGGUUGUGUUUACAUGUGCUGUAAAAUUGCAUGACUUGACAGAUGAAUAAAUAUCUG